GAGAGAGAGAGAGAGAGAGAGAGAGAGGCAAAGAUAGCAUGUGAACGCAUUCUCACUUCUUCGUCGAAGACCGCCAUAAGACACCGUCGAGUCGCCUUUGCGCGGUGAACCUUCUUCUUCAACUGCUUUUCUAAGACAAAUUGGAAAUGGCUACAUCUGUUGUGAACAAGGACAACUUCAAUGCUCACUGGAAGCGAAAAGAAUUAUAUAUUCUUGUGACUUAUGCAUUUGCUUUCUAUGUUAUCAUCGUUACCCGUUCCCUUCAACUCUCUCGUGAUCAUUAUAAACAGCUAUUUGGCUUACGCCCUGGAUGGCUCAUACCUCAUCACCUUAAUGAUGUUUCAGAUGCUCAGUGGAGGAAUUUUCGAGGAAAUAUACCUGUUCUUACUCUUGUCUUUGGAAUCUUUACUCUGGUCGCAAGCUUGAUGAGAACUUUAUUUGGUUUAAGAGUGAAGGGAAUGUCCAUUGUCUGGCUUUUUUCUUCUUUGUCCUACUUAUCAUAUCUUCAUGGAGCAUGCAUUGUGUUUAUCCUAUCAAUAGCUACUGUUAAUUUCCUUCUUGUAAAGUUAUUUGCACAGAAAAAGUACUUUCCACUUGUAGUUUGGAGUUACAACAUAUUGUUUCUUCUCUGUAAUCGAAUUUAUGAAGGAUAUUCAUUCUCUAUAUUUGGGAAACAGUGGGCAUUUCUGGACAAUUACAGGGGCAGCUUUAGGUGGCACAUAUGUUUUAACUUUGUUGUUUUGCGCAUGAUAAGCUUUGGAUUUGAUUAUCACUGGACAAAUCAAGAUUCUCAUUUUGAUCAGGAGAAGCAUUUUCAGCGUUGUCAUAUUUGUAAAUCUGGAAAAUCUUGCUAUCAAGUUUUACAGGAGAGAAGUCUACAUGAAGACAAGUUUGGAUAUAUCACAUACCUUUGUUAUUUGAUAUAUGCACCACUUUAUAUUGCUGGUCCAAUACUGAGCUUCAAUGCUUUUGCCUCACAGCUAGAUGUUCCUCCAAAUACUAAUUCAGUUCGAAAUGUGACACUCAGUGGUUUCCGUUGGGUAUUGAGUCUUCUCCUUAUGGAAUUAAUGACACAUCUAUUCUACUAUAAUGCCUUUGCUAAUAGUGGUUUGUGGAAGCACUUAUCUCCUAUGGACGUGUUCAUCAUUGGAUAUGGCGUCUUAAACUUCAUGUGGUUAAAAUUUUUACUGAUCUGGCGCUUUUUCUGUUUCUGGUCAAUGAUAAAUGGAAUUGAGGCUCCAGAGAAUAUGCCAAAAUGUAUUAAUAAUUGCCACAACUUGGAAGGCUUUUGGAAAAAUUGGCAUGCUUCCUUCAACAAGUGGCUUGUGAGGUAUAUGUACAUUCCUCUUGGGGGAUCUCGGAAAAAGCUACUAAAUGUAUGGGUCAUAUUCACAUUUGUUGCGAUCUGGCACGAUUUAGAGUGGAAGCUUCUUUCAUGGGCAUGGUUGACCUGUUUAUUCUUCAUCCCUGAGUUGGUUUUAAAAUCAGCAGCAAAAGCAUUUCAGGUUCAAAGUUCUUUUGGAGGAUGCAUAUUUCGAGAACUAAGUGCUGUUGCUGGUGCAGUCACAAUUACUUGCCUCAUGGUGGCUAAUCUGGUUGGUUUUGUAAUUGGGCCAAAAGGCAUCAACUGGUUGCUUUCCUCUUUCCUUCAGAAGGAAGGGUUGCCUGUCCUUGGUGGCAUGUUCAUGACAUUUUACGUUGGAACAAAGAUUAUGUUCCACAUAGAUGAAGCAAAGCAAAGGUCACCCUGAACUGGGACAAAUACUUUCAACCAUAAUACUUGAUGCAAAUGCGCAAAGUCAUGUUAAUGCUAGGAGUUUCAAAUCCGAUACCGAGCAAUGUGCUUGACUUGGAGGUAUCAAUGGGUGCGGCAUUUUUUGACAGAUUUUCUGAUGCAUUGUAGAUCAAAUUGAUGAGACCCAGGCCUUAAAAUUUCUUACACCGUCUAGUGUAACAUAAGACUAGGAAAAAUGAAAAAGUGAAUCUGUUGAAACAGUGUAGGUUUACAUGAUCAAACUCCCCUAACCCCUAUCUUUUGUGUGGCAAAAAAAAAGGGCUCAAACCUUGAAGUCAACGUCUUAUUUCAGCAUUUUUUGGCUUUUUUAUUCUCGUAUGUUGUUUUAAGGUUUUAUCUGAGAUACAGUUUUUUCUCGAGAGCUUCAAUCUUAUACAAUGCUUUUUUCC